AUGGAUGGUUAUAAGGAUUCUGUAAUUCCCCCAUUGUCGGAAUUCUCACCUUUUCCUGGAACCGCUAUGAACGAGGAGGGUUCAAGCUCGAGAAAGAGAAGCAAAAGAGCCCAGGCUAAGAACCCAGAAAGCCUACACAAGGAACGUGACCGGAGAGAGAAAAUGACCGAGAAAUACUCUGUUCUUCAAUCCAUGGUACCUAGUCUUAUGAUCUUCCCUAAGGCUACACGAGAGAGAAUUGUAAGUGAUACAAUUGAGUACAUUAAAAGACUUGAGGAAGAGAAAGAGAGGUUGGAGGGAGUACAGAAGGCGUUACCAAUGAAAUCGCCGGUGGCGAAACCGGUAUUAUCUCAUUUCACCGACCGUAACUCUUCCGUCAACGUGAGCUUCUCCGGUGGCGCCGCCUUUUUUGGGAUUCAACUAGCCUUUCAACGGAGUUUGGUGGUCGAAAUUUUCAGGGUUUUUGAGAAGCAUAUGGCUGAUGUUUUGGCGGCAAAUGUCUCGGUAGAUGACCGGCGACAGUUGAUUUUGACGGUAACGGCGUUGCUUGGUGGUAAUGGGUACGAAAGUAUAGAGAAGAUCAAGAGAGAAAUUCUGAGCUUAUAG